AUGCUACAGUUAAAAUUUGGUAACGAUUGGUUCAGUAGUUUUCAAGUUGGAUCUGGUUCAGCUGGAUCAGUUUUAACUAAUAGAUUAUCUCAUUAUCCAUCAAUUAAUGUUCUUUUAUUGGAAGCCGGUGAAAGACCUCCAUUAAUUCCUGAUAUAAAUCUACUUCAUUUAGAUUUGAUUUUUACGAAACAUAAUUGGCAUUUUUCAACUGUACCAAGUUCAACAAUCGCUCAUGCCAGGAAAAGAAGGUCUUUUAAUAUAGCAGCAAGCAAAAUAUUAGGCGGAUCGCCUAUGCAUAUUCAUAACGUUUAUGUGAGAGGAAAUAGAAAAGAUUAUGAUAAUUGGGCUAAGAAUGGUUCAAUUGGAUGGGAUUGCACUGAAGGAGAAUUGGUUGUUCAGUAUCCUCCAUUUUUUACAUCAUUAGUAAAAGGAUAUUUAGAAGCCGCGGAGGAACUUGGAUACCAUAUGGGAGAUGUCAACGGAAUGAAUCAAUCUGUUUUUAUGCCUAGUCAAGGUACAAUCGUAGACGGAAGAAAAUGGACGACAUAUCAAGCAUUUAUUAAACCUAUAGAAGGAAGAAGAAAUUUACGCAUUAUAACUUCGGCUUUUGUUACUAAAAUAUUAAUAGAUGACCAUAAUCGUGCAUAUGGAGUAUUAUUCGAUUAUUGUAAUCAAACGUAUAAAGUAUUGGCUAGGCAAGAAGUGAUUAUAUCAGCAGGAACAUUCAAUUCUCCCAAACUUUUAAUGUUAUCAGGAAUUGGACGAAAGGAAAUUUUGAAGAAAUUUCACAUACCAGUACGAACAGAUUUACCUGUAGGAGAAAAUUUACACGAUCACGUAUCAACACUCGGGCUUCAAUUCGUGACUAAUUCCUCUACUUUCAGAGAAACAAUAAUUACUAAAAGAGAUUAUGAAGAGAUGUUAAUUAAUGGCGCAGGGCUACUAACAUCACUGGGAAUUGAAGUUAUUGGAUUUAUGAAUUCUAAAUAUAAUGAAGAUCCAGAAUGGCCUGAUAUAGAAAUCGUUUGGGCAAGUCGAACAGCUUCAUCAGAUACAUCGUUGAGAAAAAUUGCAGGUGCUGUUGAAGAACUUGAAAAGAUCUUCGAAGAAUAUUCAUUAUUAGACACCAUUACUUGUAGUUCACGUGUAACUCGCCCAAAGAGUCGAGGACUGCUAACCUUAAAAUCUAAUGAUCCAUAUGAUAAUCCCGUAAUUGAUUUAAAUCUCUUGUCAAAUUAUUAUGAUGUAAAGAUUUCAGUUGAAGGUAUGAAAUUCUGCUUACAACUGGCAUCGACAAAAGCCAUGAAAAGAUAUUCAGUUCGUCCUCUAUCCUAUAUCAUUCCUGGAUGCGAAAAAUAUAAAUUAUAUAGUGACAAAUAUCUGGAAUGUAUGCUUAUAGCAUUUCCCCUAUCAGCUCAUCAUUUUGUAGGAACUUGCAAAAUGGGUCAUCCUAAUGAUCCUUCUAUAGUUGUGGAUAAUACCCUCAAGGUCAAAGGAAUAUAUAACUUAAGAGUAAUUGUGUAA